AUGACCGAGCCAAGCGAGAAAGAGCCCGUUUCAUUGCGAACCUCCCGCGGUGGCUUGCACCACGUCACUCGGGGACAACCGACCAACCAACCGGGUUCUGCAGAACAGGCCGCUGUGCCAAAAGCACCGACUGGAUCUCCAGCACCAUCGAAGCACGCCGACUUCGAAUCGGCAGCAGUCGAAGCAGCAAAGCCUAGCAAAGCCGCUGCCGUUCAGCCCGACUCUUCACAGUCGCCGCAGGAUCCCAGUAGUUCGGCAUCAUCGCCCAAGAUCAAAUCGAUAGCCCAAAGGCGCCUGAGCGAAGAAUUAGCGGAUUUGGCGCGCGACCCGCCACCCGGUUGUUCGGCACAUCUGGCGAAUCGUGGCUACCCCUUCAAGUGGCGCGCCGUCAUCGGAGGGCCUAAGGACACUCCUUUCGAAGGGGGUACCUUCGGUGUGGACAUCACUUUUCCUCGGGACUACCCGAACAGCCCUUUCAAGGUAAAGUUCACCACCAAAAUCUACCACCCAAACGUGAGCGAACACGGAGACAUCGGCCUGGACAUCCUACGCAGCAAGUGGUCACCAGCAGUGACCGUCGAAUUCGUGCUUGUCGCCAUCGUCGAUCUCAUGAAGACGCCGGACAUGAACUGCGUGCUCCACCAGAAGGCGGCCCAGCACUACAAGAGCGAUUACCAGUUGUACGACACGAUCGCCCGCGAAUGGACCCAGACGUACGCGAGGCCUCAUGUGGAGGAUCCGGGCGUGUGGCCACCGGUGGGCGCAUCCACCACAAAAGAGCUCCAAGAUCAAUCUCCACAGAGGUCAAUACAAAAAGAUAAGGAUCAAUAA